CCCAACAUACGAUACACCAGCUCAAAAACAGCAGGAAAGUCUGCAAAAACUCCAGAACUAUGUCCAAAGACUUUGGUUGGAAGCACUGAAACAGUUAGUGAAGCACGCAGAGCCUGGCUCCAGUUACUAUAUAGAACAUACAUCAUCAGUCUCCAAGGGCCUGCUCUUUCUGAUGAGAAUUCCUGGUUUCCUCUGAAGAUAAUGGUUGCCAGGGCAACUAUUGUGUGUGGAAACACUGGGAUGGAAGCUUGCUGGGCAACAGGGCUGUUGCUGGGCUCACGUGGUGCCAUGCUAUACAGG